AAAGCUUUGGUGUGAAUAUAAAAAGAGAAUAAAAACUUCAGGGUUAUUCAGUAACUCACUGACGUUCAACCAAUCAACAUACAAUGGCUGCUAAGUUUGUCGUAUUCGCUUUGUUCGUGGCAGCUGCUCACGGUAGCGCCAGCCAUGGUGAUUACACCAGCUUCUCGUACGGCGUGGCGGACCCCCACACCGGUGACGUGAAGAGUCAGCAGGAAACGAGAGUUGGCGACAGCGUGGUGGGUCAAUACUCACUGCUGGAGUCCGACGGCCACCGCCGCACCGUCGACUACGCCGCUAACGCCCACUCUGGAUUCAACGCCGUCGUGCGCAGAGAGCCAGCGCUUCUCGCUCACGCCGCCCCCGUUGCCCACGCUGCUCCCUUGGCGUACGCUGCCCACGCUGCUCCCGUGACAUACGCUGCCCACGCCGCUCCUCUGGCUUACGCUGCCCGCGUCGCUCCCGUAGCUUAUGGUGCUCACGCUGCUCCCCUCGCCGUAGCCACUCAAGUAGCUCCCGCCUCCGUGUCAUACUCCGCGUACAGCAACUCUGUUGCCCACGCCGCUCCUCUUGCGUAUGCUUCUUAUGGAGCUCACACUCCCCGUCUGGCGUACGCAGCCCCCAUCGCUCGUGCUGUCGUCUCUCCCCUGGCUUACAACACCUACGCCGCUCCCCUGGCUCACGGUGCGUACUCCGCUUACGGACACGGCGCUCGUUUGGGCUGGUGAAUAUAGUAUGAAAUUAUUCGGACCAAAGUUAAACGUAUAAUGUUGUUUAAGAAAUAAAUAGUUAAUUUAAUUGACGAAA